AUGGCCCCCAAAACCCAGCAGUUCAAGGCUAAGAUCCUCUUCUUGCACGGAUUCACUCAGACCGCGUCCACCUUCUACUCCAAGACCUCUGCAUUGCGCAAACGGUUGCACAAGCUCGAGUACAAGACGGUAUAUCUCAAUGGGCCCUAUCUAGUGGAACCUACGUCGAUCGGAAGCGAUUUGGCCCUGUUUGACUCAGCAGGCCUUACCAAUAGGGGCUGGUGGUUAAAGCCAAAAGCAGAUGAGGGCUUUGGCUUGGAAACCAGCAUCGAAACCCUCAGAAACUACAUUGAAAAGGGUGAAAUGAUCUCGGAUGAGGACAAUUCCGUGGUGACUAUCGAGCUGGAAGAAGACAGAAGCUUGCCCAUUGUUGGCUUGGUAGGCUUCUCCCAGGGUGCAGCCUUUGCGGGAGUGCUUGCCCACAAUUUCGACAAGAUCUUCAACAUAGCACCUUUGAAGUUUUUGGUAUUGUACGGAGGUUUCAAGAUUGACAUGAAAAUUAAGGGCAACGACAGAUUCCAGAGCUACUUCCCAGAUCCAGAAGUCCCCGACAAGCACUUCAAGUACUUACACGUGUAUGGAGAAUUGGAUACGGUUGUGGGCGAGGACAGAGCCUUAACGUUGUACGACAUCACCAAAGGCAACUCCGACUUGUUGAAGCACCCAGGAGGACAUUUCGUUCCCAACUCCAGGCUUCUUGUUGACCAAGUAACCAACUGGAUCCAAGUGGCUACUGCAGAAACUCACGAGCAAAAGGAGAAGAAGGAGGAGAGCUUGGACGAUUUGAUGGACAUGAUGGACAACUUAGGAAAGGCCUGA